AUGUCCUUACUGCAAAAAUUAUCUUAUAAAGAAUACAAAUAUGCUUUGGAAUUCAGUGUAGAACUGUGUGAAAUAAUCGCAAAAUUAGCCGAUUUGAAUAUAUCUUUCAAAGAAAGUAAAAUACCGGGUGAACUAUUAAUCAAAUAUCUUGACCGUCGCGGCUGCUCACUACAAGAAUAUAAAAAAAUUCUUAAUGCUGCACAGAAUACUAAAACAAUAAUAACAUAUUACCAGCCCCAAUCUAAGGUUGCAAUACUCAUAGCUAAUGAAAAAUAUAUACACUUAUCUAAAUUAGCCACACCAUGUAUAGACUGUGAGACAUUGGCCAGUAAUUUACGCAAUCUUGGCUUCAUUGUAGUCCUAAUAAAGAACACAAAAAGUGCCACUUUAAAGGAAAUAUUAUCAUGCAUUAUUUCUAAAAUACAUGAAGAUUCUUACUGCCUAAUCUUCUAUGCAGGUCAUGGUUGUGAGUUAUUAAAUACAAAAUGUAUCCUUGGCACAGAUUGCCCUGUAGAGAACAUAGAUUGUUCACAUUGUGUCACUGAAAACUGGAUAUUGAGAGAGAUUGCAAAAUGUAAACCGGAACUAUGCUUGUUUAUUAUGGAUAUGUGCAGAAUUAAUUUAGAUAGAAAUACAAACCCUACCAUAUUUAAGGACAUGUAUGAUUUGGAAAAUUAUACAAUACACAGCAAUCUUAUUAUUGUCUACUCAACACAGUCUUCACAUUCUGCAUAUGAGGUUCUUCAAAUUGAAUGCUCUACAACCAUUGAUAACAAUAUUACGUAUGAACUUAAAACUGGCGACACAGACAGAAUAGUUCCAGGUGCAAGUCAAUAUACAAAUGCACUUUGUGCAAAAUUAGAAGAUAAUUUAGAUAUAAAUACUCUUCUAGAUAAAGUGCAUGAAGAUGUCGAAAACUCUUUUAAAAAGCAAAAGCCUAUUAAAGUUCAAUGUGGAGUAUCUAAGAGGUCUUUAUAUGAUCCUGUAAAAGGUGACAAUAAUCAGUUACAUCUUAAGUUGAAAGAAAUUUUAGAAGGAAGCAAUAAAGAAAACUGUGAGGUUUUAAACCAUCAUAUAAAUGAAAAAAUAUGUAUUAAUUUAAAA